AUAAAAUCCAAUGAUGGACUGCCACAGCGUAUCUGCUCGAAAUGUAGCGCGCAAUUCUACAUUAUCCACAAGUUUCGUCGUAAAUGCCUCAAGGUACAAAUCAGAUUGCGUUCGCUUUUCGACAAAACCCAGUGUUGGGAAUAUGAAGAGCUGUUGGCGCGAGUGGCGGCCGAGCAAACGGAAGAACAGCCGGCCGCGCUGCCUUCGCAGACGAAAUCGAAGCCAAAUAAUUGCCAAAGACAGCGCAACCAGGAGACGCAAACCACAGACGAGCUGGAGACCGCGUUGAGCGUGAAUCUGCCACCGGUGUUGGACAUUGGCAACGAUUUAAUUAACGAUAACUACAGCAAAUCUCCGCGUACGGGGCUGGAACUCAACGUUAAUGCGGCCAAUGCCGCCAAUCUCGGCCAUACCGGCAAUGCGGCUAAURCUACGACGACGCGUCUGAGCGGUAAGGGCGACAGCAGUGAGACGUUCAAGUUGUCUGCUGCAGAGAAGACAGCAAUCGCCACAACAACUACAGCAACAACCACAAUAGCUACGGUACGAACGUCCUCCCCUUGCGCGAUACAAAAGCCAUUACUGGGCGUUGAACCAACAAAGCCCAAAACGAAAGUGCCAAACAAUGAUUUGACGACGUUGGAUGUUGAGGCGGCUCUGGGACGUGAUGUAAAUAGGCGGCGUGGCGGUCGAAGCGUCGAUCAAGAGUCACUGCUGGCAACGCAUAUUAUUUUUAAGCCCACAACGGSGUCGGAAUGUACAAAAGCCAAUAAGAGAACAGCCUCACCAACAAAUCCAACGACUGUGUUGAUGCGAACGCGAUCGGCGCGAAAAAGGCCGAUUAGUUGCCAGCAAGCAAGCAAUGAGGAUGAAUUAUCCUUGGCCGCACGGUUAAAAGAUGAGGCGCGAGCAGAUGAUUGUCUUGCCGCUGUUAAUGACGUUGAUGAUGAUGAUGACGAUGAGGUGAAAAAUGAGGCAUUGGCGCGGACAGACGUCGUAGUGCCGACCGACGCCGACCAGUCUGUGGAGGCCAUAGCCAAAACGGCGUCGCUAGGCGCGUCUCCAUCUCCAUCUCCGUCUCCGUCUCCGACGUACUCUAGCGGCGAGCCAAAGCAUGCCGAAAAUUGUGUGCAACGCGAGAAACGUGCAAGAGAGCGGGAACGAACACGAGACGAUGUUGGCCAGUGUGUACGCGAAGGAGAACGAGAAACAGAAGCGGAAAUCGCGUCAGCAGCAGUAUUUAUGGAUACGCGACACGCCCAGUCGUCCACAGCGACGACUAAAGGGGCGGUAGAGACGGAGGCGGUGCCGGCGAUCUCAUGUGAUGCGGACACRUUAAUAGCGCGUUGURGCGGUGAUUGCGGCGGCAAUGUUGUUAAAGCUAUCACAGAUGAGCCUCUGACUGAAAUUUCGAGUUCAACGCGGCACAACAAGGUAGACGACGACGACGUCGUCGAUUUGUUACAACCAGCUGUUGUUGUUAACACCACUAAGGCAACACCAAUGGACGUCGACACAUCGUCGGUGCAACAGAAACCGAUUAGCGGUCAAGCGGUCACAAAAACACCAACAAUUGCUAAUAAUACCGAAACCAGCGCGACUACAGCGACGGCAGCGGUGGCGGUGACGGCGRUGGUAGAGUUAACUAAAGCACCGACGAAUGAUGUACAAAGCAGUAAACAAACAGUGGAAGCGUCCGAGAUUAGUAAUUUGGCAAUUUUGCCGGCAACAACGACGAAUACGACGACGUGCAACAACGAGGCUGUGAAAGAUGGUGCGGCUGCUUUGCAGAUAAUUGCCAGUGAAACUGAUGCAAGCAAGGCGGCGACGUCGGCGGUAGUUGUGGCUAAUAAUAAGGGAGUUGCUGGCAACACUUUAAAGUCAAGCUUGAAUCGCACUUCGAGUCUGAGUAAUGUACAAGACGAUGGCUGCGGUGUUGGCGGUGAGCAUCAUUUGCAAACUGAUGAACGUUUGGCUGCUGAAAAUGUGCCUGUUACCGUGGACGCUGAUGGUAAUGGCGAUGAUGAAGGCGUUGAAACGCUAAUGGCAACAGUUGAACAGCCAAGACCAACAACAGCUGAGCACAAAGACAACAUUGAAACUGUUACAGCUGCGUACUCAACAGAAACCGAACUACUAGAAACCGAACUACUAGAAACCGCAACCGCAAUAGAUCCCAACUCCGAGAGCGCAGUCUCCGCUUUCAUAACAAAAGCUGCGCUCAAAGCUUACAGCACCUCGCCGAAAUGUCGUUCGCUCGCACGUCGCCAUAUGCAGCAUAAGCUGCGACGUACACUGAAGGGACCCAUUGUCCACUUGCUUGCCAACUCGCCUGCCUCUACAUCRGCCGCCGCGGCGGCUUUCACCGCCAUACAUUAYAAGAAGAAGCAAGUACGACGUAGCCUUACAAAACUAACGUCUGAGCGCGCGACGGCUCUGCUCGAUGGUGAGGCAACCACGGUGGCGACGGCCAGCAACGAUAUUGAUACGACUAGCAUAGCGGAAGGCGCUGACUCUAUGACGCGAUCAACACAACCAACAUUUUCCUAUUAUGCGACAGCGCGUCGUGGUCGUCGACGACUUAAAUGGCGUGCACGCUCUCGUCACCCUUAUUUCGAUAAACACUCACGCACAGAGAGUGCGUCAACCGAUUAUGUUGUUGACGUAGAUAAGGCUGAGUCGGUKACACGGCUACCCUCAUGUUUUGUACGCUUACGGCGCUUAGAAGCCACUGAGUUGUAUGAAGAGGUGACAAAGUCUAUGUCGGCAUCAGCUGCAACAGUUGCUUUGCAACACACGAACGAAACAGAUGUUCACACAGAUCCGCUAAUGGACAAAGAAUGCGUAGCAUUAAAAGUCACUGACGCAACUGAAGACAUGUCCAAUACACGCUUAGUGCUCAAACGUAAAUUAGCAGCUGAUGAAAGCGAAGGCUCACAAUCGACGCGCUCACCUUGGCGCACCAAAGCCGAAAUGAAGGAAAGCYUACAGAAAGAAACUUCUAUGGAUAUUGUGGCAGAUCAACUACUACCGUCCACACCAAGCGAACCAACACCGUUUGUAACGCCCACCGAAACCCAAAAGACUGAAUUAUACCUAACUGAGACAGCUUACAGCACAGAUGGAGAUAGUACCACGACAACCGCGGGCGGAAUUUGCAUAGAGCGACGCAGCAAACGCAUUAAGAAGCGACGCAAAUUAUUAGAGGAAACGAAACGACGUGACAAUGCCACCGACGGAAAAGUAAUGCCUAUUAUUUUAAAGUUAGUCCAAGAGAAACUUCCGGAAGCGUGUGGCUCGUGCGCCACCAAACAAACUUCUGAUAAAAUAAGCCURACGCCGAAUUYACAAUGCGCUUUGCCACGCCCAUUGACRGCAGCGCGUUAUCAUGUCGUUGGCAGCUUAUCCAAGCCGCAGAAUGUAGAGGUUCCGAGYAGUGAGUCKCAAAAGCGACGUCGCUUUCGUCCCAAACGCUCAUGCUGUCGCGAAAACUGCAGCUUGACUGAUGACGCAGCCACAACCGAGGACGAGCACGCGCCAAAUGUGAUACACAAGCCAGACAACACCAUCCUUCCACCACAGCUUAUCAGCCAAAAUAAGGGCAAAAUGGUAAUAGAUAAUGUAAAUAUAUUGAACGUCAAUACUUGUGGUGAGUCCACCCAAGAAAAUUGUGAUAAGAAUACGAAGAGCGUCACAAUGACCAAUACAUCUGAGGCCUCARCUGCUGAUAAGCCGUCACUUUCUGUCGUUAAGUUGACGCCAACUAAAACCRYGCCUGGCGCGUCAAUGUCUCUAAAGACCUUUUCUACACUYAUGUCCAACCCAACAAAGUCUACGUUGUUUACCUCUCCAAUGAAAGCGGAUAUUAUAGAGUCACCCACGAAGUCUUCACCGUCAMMUGUGAUGGCAAAAAUGACAACGCACACAACGCCAACAACAACUUCAACCGCAAACACCCAACCAGUGUCCGUUCUCUUACGUAAUCAGCUAAUAGUGCGCGUACCGCUCUCUAUACUAUCUGCCGAUUUCCAAAAGAAAUUCCUGAAAACAACAAACGUGCAGAAAACACCAAUCAAAGCGACCUUGUCUGACACCACAGCGGUGACCACUGAGACGUCUAAAGUGUUAACUUUGACAGAAAAACUUACGACAAGUUCCCAAGAGAGAGAGAAGGCAGAAACAGCUGAGCCCGGUCAUAAAAAAGUUGAGGCCAGAGAACCAACACAAGCCAAGGAAAAUAAUACAAUGCACAGCAAUAGAGAUGGUAAGUCUGAAGGUGCCAUAACAUCCACUGAACUGCCGCAUGCCAGCGACGAACAGUCAGCUAACGAAGGCCAAAUUUCGAAAGUUAACGCACAAGCAGCGCAGUUCCCAGCCGAUGCCACUAAGGCACAACUUAUACCUUACAGCGGCUAUGCUUGCGGCGGCAGCCAGUAUGAGAGCGAACAAAGUGAUUUUAUGGGCUUCAGCGACGGUACUGGGUCAAGUCCGAAUCGGCGCGUGGACUGCCUAACGAACAACAAUGCUUUGUAUUCGAGCUGCGCCGUACCAACAAUUGCAACGCAGCCCCAAGCGUCCGCGGAAACUUUGACUGACGCAAAAUUGCAUGAAUUCAUAAGUGAAUUCGCGCCUGAGUUCGCUGAUGAGUCCGAAGCGCCACAAGCCAACGAAUUGCAAGCUACGUUGCCAGCCGGCGAAGUGACCGCUGCAUUACUUGCUGAAGCUGAGGCCGGAGCCGAGACAGUUGCAACACAGCAACAUACACAGCUGCUAAGCGAAACGAACUUGAGUGAGAUGCAGGACGUGGAGAACACACUAAGUGGCAUACUCAAUGAAAUGCAGGAUCAGCACAUUUACACGCCAGUCUCGUCCAGUGCAGAUGACUUUUUCGCACAAUCCGUAUACUCGCCACUCUCCGAACCACCAACCACGCCCACACACAGCAUGUACGCUGAAAGUCCGCUCGGUGGCGUCGGCAGUGUGGGCAGCAGCAGCAUGGCCGGCGGUGGUGGCAGCUUAUCAGUGGCCUCCAGCCCUUAUGUCCAACACAUGCAUAUGGAACCGGCAAGCGUAAGCAGUGGACAGAUGUCAGAGCCAUCACCACUAUCGGCGCCGAUGUCCGUCGGUCCACCGGCACAUCAGCAGCAGUCGACGCAGCAAACGCAGGGUGCCGCUGCUGGUUAUGGCAAGCAAUAUGGCAAUAAAUACGGUGAAUGCUUCACGGAAGACAGCACACAGUCGGAGUUGAUCGGCUUCCAAAAUGAUAUACCCUGCUUUGAGAAUAUUGAGUUGGUGGGAGCAGCUGCCAACAAUGCGUCUGCUAGUCCGGCAAGCAGCCAAAAUGAGCAAAGCCCGCGUGACUUGGAAAUGCGCACAUUAGCGGCGGUGUCUCUUGAGGAGGCGACUAAUUGCAAGGUGGGCGUUGCAAAGGCGGAUACUCUGCAGUAUAUGGGCACUGACAUGAACGCUUGCGUCAACGAGCCUAACAACGGUGUGCAGGUGCAUGCGCCUGCAACGGAAUUGCCCGCGACGUGUGGUGCAGACGAUGGCUCUACCAAGGAGUAUUCAGUAGAUAGCGCGGCGUUCGCGCAGCUGCUUAAUGACAUCCAGGAGACAGAGCGAGUUGUGGAGCAACGUGCGCGCGCGCAGGCGCAAGAGGAUAAAGCGCAAGAUGCAACGGUGCAGAAGAAACAGCAACACCGACGGCAGCAGCAACAUGUAGUACCGCAGCCGCAGCAACAGCAACAACAACAUCAGCAUGCAUUGCAACAGCAAAUGCUGCCAGCAGAGGGUGCGCCGUCGCAGCAACUAAUUCAACAGCGACAACUGGCGCAACAACAACAAUUGCCGCAGGCUGAGCUACUCUUACAACAGCAACGUGAGGAAGAGCUGCUCAAACAACAACAGCUGCUGCAGCAACAGCAGCAACAACAAGAGCAUCUGAUGCAGCAGAAAUUGUUGGAACAACAACAGCAGGAACAGCUAAUGCAGCAACAAUUGCUGGAGCAACAACGGCGACACCAACAGCAGCAGCAGCAACAACAGCUGUUGGAACAACAACGUGAACGGCAGCGACAACAGCAACAACAACAGCAGGCGUUGGAGCAACAACGCAAGCAGCAACAACAACAGCAGCAGCGUACACAAAUCAUACACCAAACUGUGCUUGCCACGCCCAAGCAACAACACGCACCAGCUCACGCGCACACGCAAGCCGGCCAACAACAGAAACAACACUACAUCACCUUGCCGCCUAGCUGCGCUUACGAGGCGGCGCAACUGCAACUGGCGCAAGCGGCCAACGCCAUACAGCCAAUACAAAAUCUGGGCGUUGGUGUGAAUCUGUACGCCCACGGCCUCGGCAGCGGACAAGAAAUCCAAUGGGCGUCCAGCGCCGAUCUCACGGGCCUCUCGCCGGCCAUCAUCGAGGCGCCAGCCGCCGGCGGUGGCACCACCACCUACUACAUUAGCGCCAGCGAUUUGUAUCAGCCCAAUUUGAUUGCCACCACCACCACCGGUAUGUCGCCGCAUUUGGCUGGUACAGCGCAGCAACAUGGCCACCACCACCAACAACAACAACAGCAUCGCCAUGCAAUCGAGUUGAACAAAUCAUCAGUGGUCGAUGCAAAUGAGAAUUACAUUGAAGGCGCUACCUCUGCAGUACAACAGCGACCAGCGUGCCAACAACAACCACAACAGCAGCAACAAAUAAUGAUUGUGAUACCGCAAGAUUACGGCAAACCCGGCAGUAACGGCGCCACCCCACAAUUGUACGCCACAACCGCCGGCACACCUGAACCGCCGACCACAUAUCAAUUGUCGCAGGCGCCACAAGCCGUCAUCAUGCAACAUGCACAACCACAAAUGACGGGACAACCGCUGCCACAUAUGUCAACGGUACAGGUGAAUGGCAUCAAUUUGAGUCCACAAUUUAUCGCUUCACCUACAGUGAAUUCGGCUCAACGCACUUUGCAUCAGACGCCGCCUUCGCGCCACAUGCAACACUAUCAGUUGCACAACGCCACACCACCGCCACACUCAGCCGCCGCGCAGGUUGCCAAUCGGCCGCCGCGCUGCGCUUCAACACCCUCCGCAUCGCACUACCAACAACGACAACAACAUCCGCCACAACAACAAAUACAACUGCAAGCAGUACACGGCACACCGCAAGUACGUAUGUUGCAGCACACGCGCACACGUCAACCCGCCAUGCAGCAACUACAAUUGAUCCAACCGCAUCCGCAACCGCAAACAGCAAAACCAAUUGCCACAAUCGCAGCUAAACCAAGCAAUGCCGGCAACGCUGGCACCACCUCACAAAAAGUCAAUUUGGUUUGUCGCUUCUGUCACAAACGCCCCAAGUUUACCAGCAAUCUCGACUAUAGCAAUCACAUUAUUGCCAUGCAUCCGGUGGAGACGCCAUUCAAUUGUCCCCACUGCCCGAUGCAUUUUACGCGUCGCGUAAAACGUCAACAACACAUUGUCGAAGAGCACGGCGCACAGCGCUUUCAGUGCGCCCAAUGCGGUCAAAGUUUCUGCACGCAACGCGCACUCGAUCAGCACUUGCAACGCGCCCAUGCAUUGGAGCCAACGCAGCCACUGCAAACGCAAGCACCAAAACAAUCGCCCUCACAGGCGGGAGGCGCGCAGCAACGUCUAUCGCGGCAGCAAACACAAAAUUUGGCGACCGCACAGCCGACGGCAACGCAUCAAAUGCAACAAUCGCCACAGCGACGCAAAUGUUUCCUGCAACAGCGGCCUACGUGGCUGGAGAGUCGCCAUCGCAACGCAGCAAUGGCCUCGGUAGCAGCGGCCGCUGCCGCGUCCACCAAUUCGCAAACGUCGAUGGUGCGUGUCGAGGAUGUGCAUCUGCAAAUGUGCGACGAUGCGGCUAAAGGCAAGAAACCCAUUGAUUUGCAACUGGACACCACGCAAUUGAGUGCCGAGUCUACAACUACAACAACACACAAGCCGGCCGGCGGCAUGCACACGCCAUCGCCGAGCUUAAGCGGCGGCAAGCCACAACGCAUACUCUGCUGUCCCGACUGCGAUGACCCUUUCAAUGAAGACCAUGCGCAUGCGCAACCAUGCGCACCACCGCAGCAGCAACAACAACAGGAACUGCAAGCGCAAAUGCAACACCAACAGCAGCAGCAGCAACAACAACAACAACACKGUGACUUCCUCCAACAAUUAGAGGACGAAAGUGCAUUUGAGGAAGAAGAACAACAACAACAACAAAGUGRCGAACAAUCACUGCAACACCGCGCCAAGCGCGCACACGUCACGCUGCCCUCACCCGAACAAACGGAACCCGACAGCACCUCCACCAACACCGGCACACUGCGACAUUUUCGCAAGCGACGCGCCAGCGCCAAAUUGGCUGGCACGCCGCUCCAACAGCCAGCUGGUAGUGUUGGCGGCGGCGGUGGCGACGGYAAUGCCAAUGCUGCCGCUGCGCUAAUGGCGGACAAUGCGAACGCCAGCGAAGAUGAAUUGCUGCUAAUGGAACGCGUCUUGCGCACCAGUCAUAAUUGUCUCUUCUGCGAUGCACGCUUCACCAAUGACAUAGCGUUGCGCAAACAUCAUCAGCUGGCGCACAGCAAUCAAGCCUCCAUGCCGUUUGUUUGUUCGAUCUGUAAGCGCGGUUUUCGUAUGCGCUCCGCCCUCCAUCGUCACAUGGAGACACACGAUAGCGAGGGGCGGCCAUACGAGUGCACGUUGUGUCAUGUGCGCUUCCCGCGCCCCUCCCAGCUGACGUUGCACAAAUURACGGUGCAUUUUCUGCGCAAACCGCAUGCCUGCGAUGUGUGUGGCAAGCAAUUUGGCACGGAGAGCGCACUUAAGACGCAUAGCAAAUUUCAUGCAGCGCACUUGGAGAGCCAUAUGCCUUUGGGCGUUUUUAUGUCCGACGGUGCCGUCCARCUGCCAGCCGGCGUUGAGGCCGAACACCAACAACCAGUGUCCGACUAUAACGAAGAAGAGGAUGAGGAGGCGCAUGAAGAGGAGAYUGUGUUGGAGCAGCAGCAGCAGCAGCAGCAGCAACAGCAGCAGUCGCAAAUCGAAAUUGAACAACCACAAGCGCAAGCGAUACGCGAACAGCAAGAGCUGGAGCAGCUGCUUGAAGAUGAGCAGGAGGAACAAGAUAUGCAUGAUGUACAAACAGCUGAAGCACAUGGUGAAGUUGAUGAUGAAAUGGCCGGCACGCCAAUGGCGGUGGAUAGUGUUGUUGAGCAGCACGAGCAACAAGUGUUGGCUGAACACGAGGCGACGGUGGGCAAUGAGUCAACACAACAACAACAGCAACAGCAACAAAAUGCUGAUGACUGUAUGUUUGCGGCCAGCUGUAGUCCCAGCACCACCACCGGCGCCAGUCCGUAUGCYUUUGCGGCAGAUGCCAACAGUCACUUAAACCAUUCCGAUAUAAGCACCACCAGCAACACUGGCGUCACAACAGCCAACAACAGYACCGCAAACAGCACUCKCAUUGAAGGGGCUAACGGUUGCAGCAGUAGCGCUAAAUAGUCUCCGGCCAUUGCGUACAUUGUAGGCCAACAGCCACCGACGAUUGUGCUCUACUAUUGUACGGACAAAUAACAGGAGAAGACGGUGGCGGCGGGAAAGGGGGCGGGUGAGGGUGAGGCGUUCAAACAUCAAGCAAUAUGCCAUAGCUAGCAGGCGCAAUUGUAUAGCAGCGCGGGGGGUGUUAGAUUGAGCAUUUAAAUACGUCCUAUCACUCGCUGUCAGCCCUACAACAAAAGAAAAAAAAAAUAGAACAGUUAUUGUAGUAUCUACUUUGACCUAAAUUGAGUUUUACACAAUGCUAUUAAAUGUUUACAUUUUCAAUUUGCUUGACUUGGCCUUGCGCUGGUGAGCUUUUUCCUAUUUUUAUUGCUAAAAAAUCAUUUAAUACAUGUGAAUUUGAGAAAUAUUUGAAAUUUUACUGAGGCUUUACUGAGUCAAAAAACCAAUUCUUACUUGCAAUUUUAUAAUAGCAACUGUACUUUGAGUGACUAAUUUGCAGCAUUACUUAAAUGCUGAACUAGCAAAA